AUGGGGAAACCAUCUCUGGGGGAACACUCCAAAAUGGAGGUUUUCAUCGAGGAGUCCUAUGAGUUCAAGAAUACGGUGGAUAAGCUGAUAAAGAAGACCAACCUGGCUCUGGUGGUGGGCACCAACUCCUGGAGACAACAGUUCAUGGAGGCCAUCACAGUCAGUGCAGGAGACGAGGAUGAGGAAGACUCCGGUGAAGAGCGUCUCCCGUCUUGUUGUGACUACGUCAUGCACUUCCUCACCGUCUUCUGGAAAGUGCUGUUCGCCUGUGUUCCUCCCACGGACUACCUGAACGGCUGGGCCUGCUUCUUCAUCUCCAUCGUCAUCAUCGGCAUGCUGACCGCAGUGAUCGGCGAUCUGGCCUCUCACUUUGGCUGCACCAUCGGGCUGAAGGACUCCGUUACUGCCGUGGUGUUCGUGGCACUGGGUACGCCUGUCCCUGACACAUUUGCCAGUAAGGUAGCGGCUGUGCAGGACACAUAUGCAGACGCCUCCAUCGGUAAUGUGACGGGCAGCAACGCCGUCAACGUGUUCCUGGGCAUCGGGGUGGCGUGGUCGAUAGCUGCCAUCUACUGGCACAUGCAGGGCAAGCAGUUUGUGGUGGAGGCCGGCUCCCUGGCCUUCUCUGUCACCCUCUACACCAUCUUCGCCUUCCUGGGGGUCUCCGUGCUGCUGUACCGCCGCCGGGCCCACAUCGGGGGAGCUGGGCGGUCCGCGCCACAGACUGGCCACAGACUGGCCACCUCAGCCUUCUUCUUCUGGUUCCUCUACAUCCUCUUCUCCAGCAUGGAGGCCUACUGUCAUAUAGAGGGCUUCUAG